AUGGAAAUGAUCAAAGCCGACUCUCAACUUUUUUCUUCUCUUCAAGAACUGCUUCCAUCAAUACUGGGACGGUGUGUCCGCCACGGAUGCAUCGACCUGGUGAGAUAUCUUCUAGAGUGUGAAAGGGCACCUGUUGAGUCCUUAUCGCCUGUUGCUGUCGCCGCAAACUCCUCCAUCCCCCUUGUUGAACUGCUUGUGGCCCAUGGCUGGGAUCUCAACAAGGCUGAAGCUGACAGAUCCCUUAAGCGGGGCGAUAAGCUAAUCGACCUCGUCUGCGACGAUCACCAGUUGCCAGCUCCAUUACUAGAGACGUGCGCUGUCAGAGGCUCUGUUGCAACGUUCCGGUUCUUACAUAGCAACGGGGCAUUGCUGGGCCACCGGACGCUUCACCGAGCAGCCGGGGAGGCAGCAACAUUCGGUGCAGACCCUUUCACUUAUCAAGAAGUCCAUGAUGAGAUAGCUGGAGAUGAAGCCAGGACCAGAAAGGAGCGAGCAGAAAUGUUGAUGUUUCUUGUGGAUGAGAUGAAACUGGACAUCAACUCGAUGGACUCGACUGUACCAUAUCGUGCUUACCAUUGGGGAACUCCUCUAUGCUAUGCUGCCGUAAAGGAGAACGGAGCUCAUGUAGUGAGGUGGCUACUUGAGAGGGGAGCUCAGCCCAAAGUUGAGACUACACAGAAUGUUGCCGACGCAGAGAUGUUGGCGAAGCUGACGGGCUGCACAGAAAAUGCGAGAAUAUUACGUGAGUGGAAGGAGGAACACUGA